CCAUAAAAGAGAAGCCGGCCAGUCGGAAAAUAUCGAAUGGCAGCUGCUACGAGUGAACGGGAGGCAUUUUUUUACACUGCUAAGCUCGCCAAGCAAGCCGAACGUUGUGAAGAAAUGGUGGAAGCAAUGAAGAAAGUUGCAAAGCUAGGUGAGGAGUUGACUGUGAAAGAGAGAAAUUUGCUCUUGGAUGGGUAUCAAAAAGUGGUUGGGGCUAGGAGAGCUUCAUGGAGAAUGUUGUCAUGGAUAGAGCAGAAGGAGGAGUCGAGAGGGAAUGAUGAGAAUGCAAAACGUAUCAAGGAGUAUCGAAAGAAGGUUGAAUCAGAGAUCGAUACUAUAUGCAAUGAUAUUUUGAAUGUGAUUGAUGAUCAUCUCAUUCCUUCCUCUGAUGGUUCUGGUGAAUCAAAUGUUCUCUACUACAGGAUGAAAGGGGAUUACUACAGAUAUGUAGCAGAGUUUAAGUCUGGUAAUGACAAGAAAGACGUUGCUGAUCUUUCAUUGAAAGCAUACGAGGCAGCUACAAAAACAGCAAACGCUGAAUUACCUUCCACACAUCUCAUUCGGCUGGGACUUGCUUUGAAUUUCUCUGUAUUCUAUUAUGAAAUCAUGAAUUCAGUUGAAAGGGCCUGUCACUUGGCUAAACAAGCUUUUAAUAAUGCGAUCUUAGAGGAUAAUACCUUAAAUGAGAAGUCCUGCAAAGAAAUUAUAGGUCGUAUGCAACUUCUGAGGGACAACCUUACCGCGUGGACCUCCGAGAUUCCAAAAGGAGAUUUGUCUGCUUAUAUGCAUUUAAUACCUGAAUGUCUUAGCAACUCCCGGUUUUGGUACCUUUGUAAUCACUUGUCAUUCUCUGAUGUUGAAGAUUCACACAAGUUGGAUGCAGGUACUAAAGCUGGUGGUGAGAUUGAGAAUGCAGAAGUAGGUGGGUUACUUUCAUGA